AUGAAAUUAGCAGCGAUGAGUUCAGCAGCAGCAGUUUCUCGUCAGUUUGCUGUGAUGAUCACAGCACGACAGGCCGCCCUUUCGUCUAUUGGGCUUUCUCUGAUAUGCGUCGUUGUGACCGUACUCUACAUGCCGCUGUUCAUUUCUAAAGUACAGCGUGUGCAGGACCAUCUGUCGAAAAAUAUGGAGGAUUUCAAUUUAAUGGAG